AUGGGAGAACCGCCUUGCAGUGAUGAACCUCGAAGGGAUGUAGGUCAAGAAAAGGAUAAAUUUGCAAGGACUUUAACGGAUGUACAAUGUCCUUGGUAUCCGAAUUGUCACAAGUUCUCGAAGUUGUCUUUUCUUGUGAAGUUGCUCCAUAUUAAGAAUAUUUGUGGUUGGGGCAAUAAAUCAUUUAACUUGGUUCUUGACUUAUUCAAAGAGGCAUUGCCUGAAGGGGAGACAUUGUCGACUAACUAUUACGAGGCAAAAAACGUCAUUCGAGACUUGGGACUUGGAUAUGUUCAUAUACAUGCGUGUAUGAACGAUUGUGUAUUGUUCUGGAUGGAGCACCCCGAUAAAGAAAAUUGUCCGAGAUUGCAGCAGCUCUUUUUGUCAAAGAAGAUAGUUUCGCUCAUGAGUUGGCAUAAGGAGAAGCGUGUCGCAGAGGAUACAAUCUUACGACACCCUGUGGAUUUCGAGGCUUGGAAGAAAUUUGACAAAGACCAUGAAUGCUACGGGAGAAUGGAUAGAUCGAGCAAGAAUCAAGAGGGAAGAGUACCGGAGGGAGAUGGGCUCACGGCGCUGAUGCUUGGUGGUGCCGUGUAUUUGGCCCUUGGUGUUAAUGUCGUACAAUUUACCACCGUGGAAAUGCAUAAAGGAUCCAUUUUUAUGUUGUCGCUACUUAUUCUAAGGCUGAAUUCACCUGACAAUGAUAUAGAUGUUUAUCUACGUCUGUUAAUAGAUGAGCUGAAAGAGUUGUGGGAAAAUGGCGUGGACACAUAUGAUGCCAUGAAAGAGCAGUAUUUUAGGCUGCAUGCUGCUACCUUGUGGACUAUAAAUGAUUUUUUGGCCUAUGCAAAUUUAUCUGGGUGGAGCACAAAAGGGAAGUUGGUAUGCCUUACGUGCAAUAAAGAUACUUGUCAUUUACGAUUGAAGCAUGGAUUCAAGACUACUUAUAUGGAUCAUCGUCGUUUUCUCCCUCUCGACCACCCUUUGCGGAAGAAGAUGAGGGUGUUCAAUGGUAAGCAAGAGCAUAGGCCUAAACCUAUAGGAUUAUCUGGGGAUAAAGUGCUAGAACAAUUGAGUCAUAUAGGUAAGGUAGCUUUUGGGAAGUCACAAAAUAAGAAGAGGAAGCGUACAGAUGAAGAGUUGAAUUGGUUGAAGAAAAGUAUUUUUUUUUGA